AUGCUAAAGUCGUGUCGCAGCUUUCAACCUGCUCGAGGGCUUUCUAAAACUGUAAAAACGACAAAAUAUAAGAUAGAUUCCAGCGAUAUACCUGCGAACUCAACGAUAUUCAGCAUGGUUCAACCUACUGGUAAAUUUCAUCUGGGUAACUAUUUGGGUUCCGUCCGGACGUGGAAAGAACUAUGUGAUUUAAAAAGAGGCGAUACUAGCCUUAUAUUUGGAAUUGCAGAUUUGCAUGCCAUAACUGUUCCAAUUUCCGAUGGGCAAAGGCUGCGACAAAGUCGAAAAGAGGCUAUCGCAAGCAUAUUAUCAUUGGGCAUCGAUCCUUCAGAGGCCAUUAUCUUCAAUCAAUCCGCUGUUCACCAGCAUGCGGAACUACACUGGCUACUGUCGACGAUUGCUCCAAUGGGCAUUCUCAAUCGUAUGACGCAGUGGAAGUCUAAAUCGAACAUCAAGAGUAGCAGUGACGAAGAAAGUCUGGGAAAUGUCAAACUAGGUCUUUUCUCGUAUCCGGUUUUGCAAGCAGCCGAUAUCCUGCUGUAUCAGUCGACACAUGUGCCAGUAGGUGACGAUCAGGCUCAGCAUCUCGAACUAGCACGAACGCUAGCACAAAGCUUCAACGCGAUGUUCAAAUCUCAAGUUCUUACUGUACCAACGACCAUAUUGGCUCCAACAAAGCGUAUAUUAAGCUUGCUGGACCCAGCAAGCAAAAUGUCCAAAAGCGAUCCUAACCGUAAUGCUACAAUUUAUCUGAAUGACGAACCCGAUAUUAUAGCCAAAAAGAUCAAAAAAGCCGUCACAGAUUCAACAUCACACGAAUUCCGCUAUGAUCCUGUAAACCGUCCCGGUGUCUCCAAUUUGAUCAAUAUUGUUGGCGGCAUUAGAAGAAUGUCCAUUGCCGACGUCGAGCAGGAGAUAAAUCAUUUUACAAGCCAUAGUGAAUUCAAAAGCUAUGUCUCCGAAGUCUUGAUCGAAUCACUGCGCAGCCCGCGCGAGAACUUCAACUUGCUCAUCCAGGAGCCUGAAUAUCUCGAAAAAGUUGUCAGACAGGGUUCAGAGGCAGCAUCUCAGCUGGCCGAGACUAAUAUCAAAAAGGUCAAGGAAGUAAUGGGAUUUUGA